AUGCCAAAAAAAGUCUGGAAAUCAACUACGCCUUCCACUUAUGAACAUAUCUCCAGCUUGAGACCAAAAUUUGUUUCUCGUGUAGACAAUGUUCUUCACCAGAGAAAGGCCUUGACGUUCAGCAACGUUGUUGUUCCGGAUAAAGAGAACAAUACUCUAACCUCCAGCGUUAUAUACUCUCAAGGUAGUGAUAUCUACGAAAUUGACUUCGCUGUACCAUUACAAGAGGCCUCUUCAGAACCAGUGAAAGACUAUGGAGACGCCUUUGAAGCUACUGAAAACACCUCACUGAGCCCAAAAUUCGUAUAUCAAGGUGAAACUGUCUCUAAAAUGGCUUACUUGGACAAGACUGGGGAAACUACAUUAUUAUCCAUGUCUAAGAACGGGUCAUUGGCCUGGUUCAAAGAGGGUAUAAAGGUCCCUAUUCACAUCGUACAAGAAUUGAUGGGUCCAGCUACCAGCUAUGCCAGCAUCCAUUCUUUAACCAGACCUGGUGAUCUACCUGAAAAGGAUUUCUCAUUGGCCAUCUCUGACUUUGGUAUUUCCAAUGAUACCGAAACCAUUGUGAAAUCCCAGAGUAAUGGUGAUGAAGAAGACAGUAUUUUGAAAAUAAUCGACAAUGCUGGUAAACCAGGUGAGAUUCUACGUACCGUUCAUGUCCCAGGUACCACAGUGACUCACACCGUAAGAUUUUUCGAUAACCAUAUCUUCGCAUCUUGUUCAGAUGACAAUAUCCUAAGGUUCUGGGACACUAGAACUUCAGACAAGCCUUUAUGGGUGCUGGGAGAGCCAAAGAAUGGAAAAUUGACGUCGUUCGAUUGCUCUCAGGUUUCCAACAACUUGUUUGUUACCGGUUUCAGCACAGGUAUCAUCAAGUUAUGGGAUGCCAGAGCAGCUGAAGCUGCCACCACUGAUUUGACUUAUAGACAAAAUGGUGAAGAUCCAAUUCAAAAUGAAAUCGCUAACUUCUAUCAUGCCGGUGGGGAUUCUGUUGUUGACGUCCAAUUCUCUGCCACUUCAAGCUCUGAAUUCCUAACUGUUGGUGGUACCGGUAAUAUUUACCAUUGGAACACUGACUAUUCUUUGUCAAAGUACAAUCCCGAAGACACCAUUGCUCCUCCUCAAGAUGCCACUGAAGAAUCCCAAACAAAAUCGUUAAGAUUCUUGCACAAGGGUGGAAGCAGAAGGUCUCCAAAGCAGAUAGGAAGAAGAAACACCACCGCUUGGCAUCCAGUUAUUGAAAACUUGGUUGGUACUGUCGAUGACGAUAGCUUAGUCAGCAUCUACAAGCCUUACACCGAGGAAAGCGAAUAG